ACCCCUUAAUCAAAAUAAAUAAAAGAUCCUCGCUUAUUUUCUUUACAAUCAUGCUAAAACUGCAAUCUAAAUCACCACUGUUUACAACUAUUCUAUAACAAUAUACAAUUUCCAAAUUCUAGACAUGAUAAACCACGUUGUGUUUUCCAUCAUGUGCAUAAGCCAAGCUCUCUGUUUCGACUACUGUUCCAUAUCCUGUGACGGUACACCUCACACGAUGUGCAGCUACGCAGACGGAGGACCUUCAAAUUGUUCAGGAUUCACCCACGGUUUGACCAAAAACCAAAAGACGUAUCUGGUACAACUCCACAACGAACUGCGAGAGUUGGUAGCAACAGGGAAAACUCUACCUCCAGCGGCCAACAUGAUGAAAAUGAUCUGGAGCGAGGAAGCGGCCAUGAUAGCCCAAAGAUGGGCCGACCAAUGUACCACUGGGGAACACACUGAUUCCUGCAGAUCCUUAACAUCAGGAGAAAAAGGAGGGCAAAUAAUUACCUCCGUGGCUAAAUUCAGGACUGACGAUACCUACAAUUUCAUCAGGCAAACUGUGAUGAGAUGGUUCACCAGCAAUGAAACUGUCUUUGACGCGAAGACUAUCGGUAGUUACCAGUAUGACAAUAGGUCUUUUGCGUUCGCGCAGAUGGUUUGGGCGAAGAGUGACCGGCUCGGGUGUGGUUUUGCCCAUGGGGUGUUGAAGGAAAGGGUGGAACACAGAUUCGUCUGCAACUACUACCCAGGGGCGGUGGAAGGGGAGAGUGUGUAUUUGGUGGGAAAACCGUGUACCAAGUGUCCCUUUGUUAGAUGCAGCCAUGAUUUCAAAAGCUUGUGUGAACAUCAGUCUGGUACGGUGUGGAAUAGGAACCAACCGAAUAGGGGACGUGUGCGGGACAGUGAUGAAGUUGUUGUAUUUGUGUUAGUUGCUUUUAGUUUUGCGUGGGUUUUUCGUCUCUAGGUGUAUUCAGAAAGGUAGUCCGCUGCAGAGGAAUUUAUUUCAAUGAGUUACGGCUAAAAAUAGAGUUGGAAGUUGUGUUUAAACACACUCCACAUCACGUAACAAACGAACUCACACGAAAUGCAUUUUGUCUUCGAAUGAAAAAGAUUGAAGAGGAAGAGUUCUGCUCGUGGCGAUUCCGGUAACUACAAACGGAUACUCACAUAAUCCAGUGAAUAACACCGGAUUCAAUAAUACUUUUUCAACACUGAUAAUAUCUAUGCUAA